UUUGCCAACCCGGUUAUAUUCAAGGUUAGAAUAUUGAUCGGUUUGCUGUACAGCAAACCCGUGCACUAUUUCUUAAAAGCGGACAUUUCUUUACCUGUCGGCAAAAGAGGAAUAUUUUAAUUUUAAUAAUUUGAUAGUUGGAUUUCAUUUUAACUUUCAUCAACUUCCAUAAGCUUUAACUUGUUUUGAAAAUGGCGGAAGAGCAAUCGGAACAAACUGUAACACCAUGGGAAGUGUUUACAAAAUCUGAAACUGGGAUUGACUAUGAUAAACUUAUCCGCGAUUUUGGCAGCACCAGGAUAGACGAGGCACUGAUCAACAGAAUUGAAAAGGCAACAGAAAAACCUGUGCACCAUCAUCUGAGAAGAGGAGUCUUCUUUUCAAUGAGAGACUUGGAGACCAUAUUGACGCUUUAUGAACAGAAAAAGCCGUUUUUCCUGUACACAGGCCGGGGACCGUCUUCCGAAGCAUUGCAUCUGGGACACCUUAUCCCCUUUAUUUUCACGAAAUGGCUACAAGACACAUUUGAUGUCCCACUCGUCAUACAAAUGACAGACGAUGAAAAAUUUCUUGUGAAAGACAAUUUGCCGCUAGAGGAAGCCAACAGACUGGCACAUGAGAACGCUAAAGACAUCAUUGCCUUGGGGUUUGACAUCAACAAAACAUUCAUCUUCAGUGAUGUAGAGUAUAUAAGUUUCUCUAGAGAUUUUUAUAUGAACAUGUGCAAAAUUCAGAAGCAUGUUACAUUCAAUCAAGCAAAAGGAAUAUUUGGAUUUGGUCCAAGCGACAAUGUUGGCAAGAUCUGUUUUCCCGCAACACAAGCUGCGCCAAGUUUCAGUUCUUCUUUUCCUGAAAUUUUCCAUGGUAAUAAGGACGUACCUUGUCUAAUCCCUUGUGCCAUUGAUCAGGAUCCAUACUUCAGGAUGGCAAGAGAUGUAGCUCCCAAACUUGGUUACCAGAAACCGGCUCUCAUUCAUUCCACAUUCAUUCCUGGGUUACGAGGAAUGCAGUCCAAGAUGGAUGCUAGUGGUGAUCCAAACAGCGUUAUAUUUGUAACUGAUUCGGACGAACAAAUCAGCAAUAAGAUUAAAAAGUAUGCAUACUCGGGCGGCGGCACAACAGCAGAAGAACAUAAGAAGACAGGAGGUGACUGUGGAAAGGACGUGUCUUAUCAGUAUCUGACUUUCUUUAUGGAAGAUGAUAGUAAACUAGAACAGAUCAAACAGAAUUACACGAGCGGCAAGUUAUCUACGGGAGAUUUGAAAGCAGAGCUGAUUUCUGUACUGCAGAAGCUUAUUUCCGGGCACAGACAAAAGCGUGAAAGAGUGACCGACCUGAUGGUGAAGAAAUUUAUGUCUCCGAGAAAGUUAAACUAUCCAUACUAAUAGCAUGACGUCAGUUUUAUACAUGAAAAAGAGAACUGAAACUAUGAAUUUUUAAAAUUACUGUUAAAAGAUUAAGUAAAUUAACGUGAUGUGGAAAUGAAUAAGACUCUACAAAGGAAAUUGAUAUUUGAUGUAACCCUUAUACGCUUCUAUUUACAUUAUUUUUUAAACACAAACAAAUGUGGUAUAAUCUUUCACUUGGUAUCAACCAACAUCAUGAUGAAAAAUCAAAUCACAAGUGAGAAAUAAAUAGCUCAGUUAACAAAUGAAGGAGACAGUGUAUUACUUUUGGUAUACCUCAUUAGUCGUAUCUAUGUGCGGGAUAGUAUGAAUAUGUGAGUUCAACACUGUUUUAAACAGAUCGAUGGGUUUAUUUUUUGGGUCUGCAGCUAUUGUUGUGGCUUAUUAUGUUUUUGAUUUAAUGUCAAAUACACAAGUUUUUCAAAAAUGAAAUAUCUUAAUCUAUUCAUCAAAAAUGAAAUUUCCUAGCAUAAACAUCAAAGGUCUAAGUUAAAUAAAAUUAUGUUGACUCAUAGAUUUUGUUCGUAUAAAUUUCGGUGCACUUCAAUAUUAAUAUUCAUGGUCCACAAACCUUUUAUUUGAGCUGACUAAGCAAAUUGUACUGAAAUAUCGAUACCAUAUAUUGCCAUCGGAUCAUUUUGUCAGUUAUUAUAUUUUCUGUUAUCAAAACUAAAUAUCGACUACCUAUAUACAUUAAUAGCAAUGUACAUUCAGCUGUCCAUAUAGACAUUCUUAAUGUCAGUUAUUCACAUGAAUUUCGAUACUGGGUUCAACAGUUCUAUUCAAAAGGUUUACUUCAAUUUGCAAUAGAUAAAAGACAAAAAUCUUGCUGACAACAAUAGAUUUAACUGUCUAAUUUGUACAUUAUCAAAUAUCAUUCUUCCAAGAAGAACUUUAAUUCUGUGAAAUUAUGCAGUUGCUUGAACAAAUGAAAUGCAUACCUUCAAAACAAGUUAUGAAUUAAUGGUCGAGGGUAUUUCUGUUUUAAAAUAGUUUGCCAUCAAUUAUUUGAAAUAUUAAUAUGUAUACACAACUUGCUCAAUGAAAUUAACAAGCCUAACUGAACAGACGUUAUUGACUACAAACUUACAAAUUAAAUUUGAAACCAAAUAUAUAAAUCUCUUCGUAAAUAUACUCAGUUCUUGUCAUUUCCUUUCUGUGUAAUACGUAUCUUCAAUAAAUAUUUACAAAAACAGAA